AUGUCGACCAAUCCACUAGGCGAUCUAGCCGCGGUUGCGCAGUUGCCGCGGCCGAAUCUACGACGACAAUUCUAUACGUACGAACAGUCGACGAUAGAGGGUCUAGUUCAAUCCGGAGACUACCGUACCAUCAUCGUUAUAUUUUAUUUGACGUUCUCUCGUAGUGUUUCCAACUCUGACGUAUUCCUAGUAUUCUCAGCGUACCAGACUACUACCACGUCCGCCAGCGGCAAUGGUGACUGCGUUACGGUGCAGGGCCUACCGAUAACCCUGCCAUCCCAAUAUCCUCUCACUAGUCCACCGGCUGUCGAUGAUGGUGCGCUUCAGUACAAUGCCACGACGUCCCUUGUCGAUUUUCUAGGAUUCACGAGCCGUACCCCCGAAUCGGCCCAAGCCGAGGAGACGAGAAAACACGAACUGCAUGCGGACGAGCAGAGGUACGAAUUCGCGGAAGAGACCAUCCUGAGAUGCAGGACGGAGAUCAUGAUCAUGGAACACUCACAGAAGGCAGACCUCGCUCGGAGCAACGCACGAAUUGAAACGUGCAGAGCAUUCGAAAAAAGCUCGAAGCGCGCGAGCACUUCUACUGAUUCCAGACAUUCCCCACCUAUCGCAGCACGACCCUUUCCAAUGCCGGGAUCAACGCAGUCAUGGACCCAAACGUGCCAACGAACCGUGACCGAUCGCAGAGUCGGCGCCAUAUUUCUGGAAAAAGCGGAUGAUUGUCACAGAUGGGAGCGGAGUCCACACAGGAUAUUCUGCGACGGAGAUGGCGCCGGCUGGUGA